CAAAUCUCGCAAAUAAAAAAAAUAAAACACGAUUCGUGUUAUUUCCGGACGCUUCGUUGCUUGUCACAUCAGCUCGAUACAGCGUCCCACAGGCAGAGCAAUUGAAGUCAGUGGCCAUGGAUGACGACUAUUACGUGAUUUUAGGGGUGCAGAGAAAUUCAUCUCCAGAUGACAUCAAAAAAGCUUACAGGAAACUAGCUCUCAAGUGGCAUCCAGAUAAGAAUCCAGAUAACAAGGAAGAGGCAGAAAAGAAGUUUAAGCAGCUUUCAGAAGCUUAUGAAGUCCUGUCAGAUGGUUUCUCUCCCUUUGGGCAUAUGGGAGGAGGUGGAUUAACUUCUUUCUCUUCAACUUCAUUUGGUGGAGGGGGAGGUGGCGGAGGCAUGGGCAGCUUCCGCUCUGUGUCAACCUCCACUAAAUUCAUCAAUGGCAGGAAAAUCACUACA